GUCCCCAGUCUGCAGCUCCACGGCCCAGGACUGUUAAUCUCAUCUGAUGUAAACCACAUUGCAGAGAGGGCUCCAUGAAGUCCCACAGUCCUUCUGGAAUGAAAAAAUUAUCACAGCAGUUUUAACAGAAUUAUCUGCUAACAUAUCUUAUCUUACCUGAUGUUGGCUUCCCAUUGAAGAAAAUCUUGCCCUUCCUUACACCCUCACUUGCUAAAUUGCGUGGGGGUCUGUGACCAAGACCCUUCCACGAAAAACAUCUUAAACUCGGCACCAGAGCGAAGAGAAGCAACACAAGCGCAACAGUCCGACACGAUGAGACACAACAUUGCCUUGGAGCAUCUACCGCCAUAACGUAAACACUCUGUUAUGAGGACAAUGCUACGAAAAUCUUUGCUACAUUAGCUAGCUUUUGCUAGCAGGGUGACGCUGGUGAGGAGCAGGAGGGAUUAUACACCUGGUUAAUCAAACUAUACACAGAAGCACAAGACGUGAGUGAAGUCUGGAGAGGAAGAAAGUAGAGAAAAAAAGAUGAGGUCCAGCUUUUCCGAUAAUGCGGUUGCAAAGUUAGAACAUGAUCUCUGCGAGCUCCUCCAUGACCUAAACAACUAUAGUACAGACCCACCCAGCCGCUGCAUCAGAGCAGGAGUUCUGAGCUACUACCGCGAGUCAGACAACCCCAGGCUCAACACAGCAGACAGUCAUUCAGAGCCUCCAUUUGAAUGGCUGGGAAAGUGCGAGUACUGCAACAAGACCGCCUGGCCUUUGCUGGACGUGAGAUGGGAAGACGAGAUGGAGGUGAUGCCAGGCUUCUGCUGCACCGAGCGCCAGAAACUGUGCAUGGCUCUGGUGAAGAAGAGGCCUUUGGCGGAGGCCGAACAGGAAGCGUCCCCCAGCAUGAGGCCAGGAAAGCCCACCACGCAACUGGCAGACGCGCUUCUCAGAGAGAAGAAAGCCCGCAGUAUGAGCCUGGAACUGCAACGUGGACUGAGGGAGCGAUCAGGAUGGAAGAGGGGCGAUGAGGCAGUCCAACAACGGACAGACACAUCCCCUGAAAUAAACGUCCUCAGCUUCCGGUUCGGUGCCUGUGCAGAUCAACCGUGUUGGUUGGUCAAUCGUAACCUGACUGAAAAUGUUGUGCACAUAAAGGAGGAGGCCAGCAUGUUUGUUUGCGACCACAGGCCAACUCCUUUUGGUAUAUGCCAUCAUAAGGACGGGGAAUUUCAACAGAAGUUUUACAUGAACGGCAAGACCUUUGUCAACAUGUUCCCAGAUGGCUCAGCUCAGCUCUUUUACCCCAGCGGCCUCGUGGCUCUUGUCGUUGUGGUGACCAAAGACAAAGGAAGGGUUUGCAUAUUAUAUGACGAGAGCCUCACACCCCAUCGACCGAUUCGAGCCAUCUUCCAGUCCAAUGGCAUGGCGACCUGUUACCACAGAAAUGGAAAAAUAUGGUUGAGUCUGAAUAGACUAGGUGGUCAGUGUUUGGAUGAGACCAGCGCCAGAGUCCGUCGCUGGACCUGGAAAACCCUUCCCCCGCCUCACCUGCCUCCACUCUUCCUGUCCCUCAAUAGAAAUGUUGGGAUUCGAGUGCUGGGGAAGGACCAAGUGUUUGUCUCCUUCCUGGCUAAUGGUCAACAAGCAAGGUGUAGCGUGGGUAGCUGCAGUGCUCAGUGUAAAUGCACAAAAGAGAGGCCUUCUUGCGGACCAUCGGUACUGAAGGAUGAGCUCUUCGUGCUGGCGGCCAAAGUGAAGCUCCACCAGUGCAUCCAGCAUCUCAACUGGAGCCUGGUAACGCCCUUGCAACAGAAGACCAUUCCGGCCCCGAGCAUCCGUGCUUUUGGCAAAAGGCUUCUGGAGGUCAGCACCAACAUGUUGAUGAGCCAGCAUGAACGCACCUUCAUCCAGGGCUGCCUUCAAGACUGUCUCUAAACCAAAAACUCGAGGGAAGACCACUGUUUCCACAGUUACAAUAGUUUUUAUUCAUCGUAUCAACUCAUUCCAAGUUAUGCAAAUAUAAAAAUUACUCAGAAAUCAUAGCAAAACAAUUUCUCCAAUGUUAUUUUGACAAUAGCAUGACAAAAUGUGCAUUUCUACAGGGCAUUAGAUACUCUUACAAUAAACCUUUAAUAAUUCUACAUUUGGCUCAGUGGUAUAAAUGAUAAUUAAUUCAAUCACAAUGAUCAAUAAGAUGCAACCAGUUAGACUACUGAAGAUGCACUCAUGGAUGUCAAAUCUCUCCUAAUGUGAUAUCUGCUGGGGUAAGAAGUAAAUAGUACAAGAAAAGGACCAACUGGCUGGCAGGCGCGCUGUGAAUCCCACUCUGGCGUCAGUGGUGGGGCAUCCCUAAGGGGCAUGGUGACGACAAUGAGGGCAUCCAGUCUGCGCUGGCAGUCUUCCUGCCUUCAGCGCAGACCUUCAUAAACAUCCCGUCACAGCCCCAGGAGAGUCCCACCUCAAACCUAGACAGAAGCACACAGAGACUUUAGCUUAGCCUUACCUUACAAUAUAGAAACAUUGAAGUCAAACGCGUCCUUACAUGGAGGGGCUUUAGCUGCUGCCACACAGUGAAGAGCGGUGUUAGGAGUGGUGGUGUGGCAUUGUGUUCAUGUGGACAUUCAUCUUCAUCUCAUUGUCCAGGAUCUGCACCAGUUGCUGCAUGGAGGGCAGGUGACCAGACUCCAAUUUGGACCACACUGGCACAUCUACAUAGACAAAUUUUUGUUCAUAAUUCCACACAACUAUCAACAUACAGUGGUGGCACCUCGGUUAGCGAUGAAAAUGUAUGCCAAAUUGUGCGCAUAUUUUCCAGUUGAUACUACAUGGUAACAGGAACCUGAAGUCAGCACUGUCACCUGUCUAUGAUGUCAUCAGCAGGCGACUAGGUCUUUGCUAACAAACAGUUACACCACAAGCCUCAUCUUUUCUUUUGAUCACGGCUGCAUAAAUAACCCACAAUGGAGGCAAACAAAGUCGCAGGUGCCAGAAUUUUAAUAAAG